AUCAGCUGGUCACUUCCAGAUUAUCAUACAGUGCAUUAAAAUUUAAACCAUAGUAUAACUAUUCGUUCUAAGGUAUUCUGUUACUAAAGUUCCUUGUGAAACCGUUGAUGAAAUACCUGUGUGAACACCCGGGUUUCUUAUCUAUCUUAGCACUAAUGGCCACCUCAGUACACGGAGAAGUAGAGAACCCGCUUAAGGAAGCCAUGGAGAAGAGCGCAGUAGUACCUGACGUACUAACUAAAGCACCCGACAAGAUAUUAGAGGUACAUUACAAUAGCUCCAAGGUGAAUUUAGGAAACACCCUGAAUGUAUCUGCAGUAGAAAAUGCACCAAGCGUUAACUGGAGCGGAGAAGAUGAUUCUUUUUAUACAAUCUGCAUGAUAGAUCCCGAUGCACCUAGUAGAUCUAACCCUAAGGCCAGGGAGUGGCAACAUUGGCUGGUAGGGAAUAUUCCAGGGAACAAGGUGGAUAAAGGAGAUGUCAUAUGUACUUAUGCUGGGGCUACUCCUCCUCCGGGAACUGGUCUCCAUCGCUAUGUUUUGGUCGUUUACAAACAGCCUGGCAAGUUGCAAUUUGAUGAACCGAAAAUUACUGUUCCCGGAGGAAACAGAGCUAAAUUCUCCGUGUCAAAAUUUGCUAGUAAAUAUAAGCUAGGAGAUCCUAUCGCUGCAAAUUUCUUCCAAGCUAAAGCGUAAAAAUGGAAGGAUAAACAAGAAAAAGAAAAAAAAAACGUUCUAAUUAAAUACAUAUCAAUAUAUCAGAGAAGAAGAAUAAAAUAUUGUUGUGUACAUAAAUAAAUGUUAUUAUUUUAUUUAUUUUUUUCACAAACAGUCCUUAAAGACCACGCGAAUAUCACGAAUUUAAUGCUUCCUUUUCAUCUGCCUCCUCUUCUACCAUAUGCCCCUCAUGAGCUCCGCGUGCUUACGUUUUCUCUCCUCAGACCACGCAACACCCUUUUUGUAUCGCU